AUGACAUCAAUGAGUAGAAGCACUCUGUUCGUCAUAUAUCUAAUCGGAUUUUGGGUCAGAAUCAUCACUGCCAAUGCUAGGUCAUCCGUCGCCCCGAAGAAGGUGGUUGAGAUCUAUAACAAGUUGCCGUUUGGUAUGGUCUUAGAUAUCCAUUGCAAGUCGAAGAACAGAGAUCUGGGGAACCACACCAUCUUUGGUCCCCAAUUCUACCAGUUCCAAGUCCGCCCCAGUAGGUCCGGUACCACGGAGUACUCCUGUGAAUUCAAUUGGGUCGGCGUCGCAGGAGCGUUAGUUAAUGACUUCUACACGGAAAAGAGGGACACCAUUAGGUGCGCGACGAGAUGCAGGUGGGUGAUCAGAUACGAGGGUAUAUAUGGAUACAGAGAAGAUACGGGCGAACCCGAUAUCGUAUACGAAUGGCAGACGUCUCCACCUCCUCUUCACUUGGAUGGAGAAUAG